AUGGUUGCUGCCCUCAUCAUCAGGCACAGCGACAACCAGCUAAUGGAAUUCUUGCGUACACAUGUCACUCCUGCAGCUCGAUUGGUUUUGGGCAAAGGCUCGAGUCUCACACAUGCCGACUGUCAUGCCAGAUUCACUCUGAUCCCCGCCGACGGAAAAGUCUUUGAUGUCUACCUGUGCCUUCCUGUGGGUACAGAUUUCUCAAAAUACAUCUUUGACGGCGACGAGGACGAUCACUCAUAUGUCGGGUCUGGCACCAACACCAAGAGGGACCUCCUUCGGCGGAUCUUGGACUAUCUCCUAGGCUUUGUCCGCGGCCAUCCUUCACACAAGCGAGUACGUCAUAUGGUGUUUCUCGCCCGUGGAUUUUUGCCUCUCGUCUACAGCCUCCUGAUCACGCCGCUUGAUCUCGAGUACUUGAGCUUUGUGUCCUUCUUCGAGGGUAUCUUUGCCAUGCUGCUUGACACGGUCGACCCACUCGGGGACAACAUGUACAACAAUCCACAAAUUCGACAGUAUCAUGUGGAGGUCUUGAAGCAGCUCCCGGCUAUCGGGCAACCUCACCUGGAGAACGGACUCAAUUUCGCUCACCCACUCCUCCAGGCGCUUCGGAGACCUGCUGGCAGCGGUCCGAAGCAUUGCAAGUGGUGCCCAACAAAGCUCACCAAGUUUGGAUGCUACUACAUUCUGGCGGGUGACCCGGGCGCGGGUAUCAUCUGCAACAAGUGCUUCACCGAGGAGAGAACUCGACUGAUCGUUGCAAUCUACAAGUACUCGUCCUGA